GUCCUGUCUUCAGUCUUCAGGUGCCAAAGUUCAAGUUAAAUCAAAACCUCUAAGGGAACUUUUCAAAAAUGAUUUUUAAGUACAUCCAAGAGCCAGUCCUUGGAUCCCUAUUUCGAUCCCGAGACUCGCUGAUCUACUUAAACAGAUCCAUAGAUCAAAUGGGAUGGAGACUUCCGCCACGAACUAAGCCGUACUGGUGGCUCUACUACAUUUGGACACUGGUGGUCUUAGUACUCGUGUUCAUCUUCAUACCCUACGGACUGAUAAUGACUGGAAUAAAGGAGUUCAAGAACUUCACGACCACGGAUCUGUUUACAUAUGUCCAAGUGCCGGUUAACACCAAUGCCUCCAUCUUGAAGGGCAUUAUAGUGUUGUUUAUGCGGCGGCGAUUUUCAACGGCUCAAAAGAUGAUGGACGCCAUGGACAUUCGAUGCACCAAGAUGGAGGAGAAGGUCCAGGUGCACCGAGCAGCGGCCUUAUGCAAUCGUGUUGUUGUGAUUUAUCAUUGCAUCUACUUCGGCUAUCUAUCCAUGGCCUUAACCGGAGCUCUGGUGAUUGGGAAGACUCCAUUCUGUUUGUACAAUCCGCUGGUUAACCCCGACGAUCACUUCUAUCUGGCCACUGCCAUUGAAUCGGUCACCAUGGCUGGCAUUAUUCUGGCCAAUCUUAUUUUGGACGUUUACCCCAUCAUAUAUGUGGUCGUUCUGCGGAUCCACAUGGAGCUCUUGAGUGAGCGAAUCAAGAAGCUGCGCACUGAUGUGGAAAAGGGCGACGAUCAACAUUAUGCCGAGCUGGUGGAAUGUGUAAAGGAUCACAAGCUAAUUGUCGAAUAUGGAAACACUUUGCGUCCCAUGAUAUCCGCCACGAUGUUCAUCCAACUGCUAUCCGUCGGAUUACUUUUGGGUCUGGCAGCGGUGUCCAUGCAGUUCUACAACACCGUAAUGGAGCGCGUUGUCUCCGGGGUCUACACCAUAGCCAUUCUUUCCCAGACCUUUCCCUUUUGCUAUGUCUGUGAGCAGCUGAGCAGCGAUUGCGAAUCCCUGACCAACACACUGUUCCAUUCCCAGUGGAUUGGAGCUGAGCGACGAUACAGAACCACGAUGUUGUACUUCAUUCACAAUGCGCAGCAGUCGAUUUUGUUCACUGCGGGCGGAAUUUUCCCCAUAUGUCUAAACACCAAUAUAAAGAUGGCCAAGUUCGCUUUCUCAGUGGUGACCAUUGUAAAUGAGAUGGACUUGGCCGAGAAAUUGAGAAGGGAGUAAUUCGACUUAUUGCCACAAAUUUGAUCAACUCAAUUUAAGAUAGUAGUUUCACAUAGUGCACAAUCAACAAGUAAAUAUAUGUAGAUUGAUUAUAUAAAA